GACGCAACUUAUUGAGUGAAAUCACCUUAAGUAUUCGUCUAUAAUUUUAAACUGUGAUGGCGGUUUUGUUUUACUCGUGUGAGUUUACAUGUGUACUUACUGGUCCGGAUCAGAAUUACUGCAAGUCACCAGAGCGUUUCGGUGAAGUAGUUCGGGAUCACGUACCUCAGAAUUCAGUCGCUAAGUUAGAAGUGAAAAGGCAGAUGGGCUAGAUAUGAACUCCAGCGAGAGAAAAAGAUCGCUGACGAGCGAAGUCGCGGAUGAAACUACGAAGAAAAAUGGUUUUGAGGAACGACGGCUUCGAAGAAAACUUGAAGACAUUGAGCAGCACGCUCUCAAACAAAAGAAGAAACGCAACAACGAACAGCUGGAGUAUGCUUUGGAACACCUUUCUCUUGAAGAUAUGGACACGUUUAACAGUCUCACAAGGAAGAUUCUCGAAUCCAAUUUUCUUCCACCAAUUAAUCGUAAACCAAGAGGGAGUAACACUGAAGACCAACGUGGGGGAAAAGAUGAUUUACUGGUAGAAAGGCUAAGAGGCUCUAAGAUGAUAAACAAAUAUCUAAAAAGUCGAAAAUCAAGAAAGCUGACUAGAAGUUUGUCCACAGACUCAGGACUAACGCCAGGUCCUACGAAUGGAAAGAACGAGCCUGGUCCCUAUUCUGCCUACUUAUUUAAAAGAAGGGUUGUCGAAUCGGUUUCUCUUCCUACCCGCCGACCGAUAGCCACAGCAGACGUUCCCAGACUUGAUGAAGCGACGCGUCGAAUACAUUUUGCUGACAAUAAGAAUGAGAACAUUAAGUCACAUUCAAAGCGUGUAGCUCAAAAUAAAGCAUUCCCAAGGCCUGUUGGCCCUCAACGGAAAAUUCAACACAACUGUCUUAGUGAGGCUAUAGAGUACAAACUUAGAAUGCGCGAAUUGCAACGGAAAUCGCUUCAAGAAAGCAGCUGAAAGACAACUAAGCGCUAUGUUUUUCUACGGCAUUUUUUCGCUCACUUAGCAAAAAAUAUUCAACGAACUGAACUGCUGCAGGGAAGGAUCAAUGCAAGAGUGACUGAGCAAAACGUUGUCAGUUCAUGUGUCGUGUGUUUCAGUAUGCCGGCUUGUUUUAACAAUUUGUUAUGAAUGUAUUUUCGAAGAAAUCAUUUCUCCUGGCUCCGUGUGCGUGUAUAUUCCAAAUGCGAUCUUGUUACUAACAGUUUGGUUUUCUAUAAUUCUUUUACUGUGUUGGAAGUUUUGUUUGGUCGUGAAAUUAAACUACUCGAACUAAAUGUAAUUUAACUUGUAUUGGUUUCCAUGAACCCUGUUUUUAUUUAUUUAUUUAUUUUUUUGCCAGCAGUUUUUCUCUAGAGGCGUUCAUAUUUGUCAAACUUUUCUCCACAUCAACAAUCAGUUCUAAUAGGGAGAAGUUCUCUCUUGAAUAGGACACAUAGAGCCACCGAAUACGUACCAAAAGUGGCAAAUGAAGUUUAUUUAAAUACCUUGUUCAAGAGCCAGAUUCUCUUGAAGAGGAAUAAUGAAUAUGCAUUACAAACAUUAACGAGAAUUUCGUUGCUGACCAAAAAUUAUCACGUGUUCUUCCCGUGUUGUUCGUAUAGAAUCAUAAAGUGCACGAUAUGCUGAUUAGCAGUUGUGCUAGCUUUCAUACACAUUGAGCUUCGUUCUGUUGUUUUGGUUUUGCUCACUGAGGAUCGUUAAUUGAAUACGAAAACAAUAACAUCGAAUAGCGCUUCUGCCAGUCGAGCCUGUAAUAAUAAAGAAACGGCUGUGACAUAUAAUCAAGAUGAUAGCCGAUAAUGAAAAUUCCAGAAGCGCAGAAAAACUUCGGUUAACACUUGUUAUUGACUAGUUAAACAUUUCCCGGGCAUUUUGUUUUGAAAGGUAAAUUUCAAAUCAGAAGAGUGAUUGCUUCACUUCCUUGUUGAAGACAAACGUUAACAGAAGCAAUAUCGAAACCGCUGAAUGUUGAACAAUGAACUCAUUAUCAGACUAUUAGUGGUGUUCCUGUGGUUGAACUCUUUCAAUAUCUUGCUACUGCUUGAAAGUGAUUACAGCUAAGGUUGGUCCGUAGAAUGAAGACUGACUUAUGGACUCUUUCAACGGUUCGUUAUCAAAUUUACAUUAAUAUGCUUCUGUCUUUACUUCAAGAACUGCCGCAUGAUCACUGAGAACAAAAGCGGUACUUAAACACGUGAUGUAAACAUGCUACGAAGACAAGCAAUAUCGGCAAAUAACCUUUUUAAAAUGCUUAACCUCUGAAUUUGGCCCAAGGGAUACUUAUGUAAACAAAGUAGAAUCACCACAACACUCUCUUUUUUUUUUAUUGGUACGAGGAUACAACAGAAAGAAUGGUGUUCCUUCCUAUAGCCAUUUCCGGCUCUUUGUUUCUUGAACACCUUUAUUUUUUUGGUUAUGUUAUAUGCGUACAGCCACUUCCACAAGCAUAGGUCCAGCGUCUUACAAGAUUUGUCAGCUGGUUCCUCUUAUGUAGUCAUACUGAUUCACAAGAGUAGAUUUAGUUCUGCAACACACCACCAACCAAAGAACAGUUUUCACACCACCACAUCUUAUAAACGCAGUCAGUUCAGCCCAUUUCGU